AUGAAGACACUGAAGAAUUUAGCUGUAAGACGUGGAGGAUCUCUCAGUAUUCCAUGCUUUUGUGAUGAGAAAUACAAAUCAAACCUUAAAUACUGGUGUAAGGGGUAUUACUGGUCCUUCUGUAAAAUAGUAGCGUCUACAAACACAAGUGGAAGAACAUCAGUCACUGAUCAUCCAACCCAGAAUAUGUUUACUGUGGAACUGAAUAGUCUCCAAGACUCUGACUCUGGAUAUUAUUGGUGUGCUGUGGAAAUUGGUGGGACAGAGACCCCUGAUGAAAAGGAUUAUUUAUACUUGACUGUCAGUGAAGAUCCUGCUGUGUCAGUGAUAAACAGCAGAGUGAGUGGUCAUGAAGAGGGCAGUGUCCAGUGUUGCUACAGCUUGGAAAAUAAAGAGAAACAGAGGAAGUGGUGCAGAUUUAAAGACGGGAGCUGCUACUCAGUGGGGAGGACUAACACAUCCCAGAAUUCAGCAGUGCUGGUCCUUGACUAUGGAAAAGGAUCUGUCAGUGUGGAGAUGAGGGGUCUGCAGAAGAGUGAUGCUGGCUGGUACUGGUUCAGUGCAGGAGAUGUGGGGGUUACUGUUCACCUCAAUGUCACUGAAAGACCUUCAAGUUCUAAAACUGUGGACAAAAAUGCAGAGACAACAGCAGAGCUAUAAGUAGUGACGUUCUACUUUGUUCAAAAACUGCUGUACUUUCACACCUCAAUACAGCCUGAUUUUGCUCUUUGUUUUUUGAAGAACAACUAACCCUCCUGCAGUAACAGCUGCUGAGAAUGAACACGGCACAAGCAAG